AUGGCUAUCGAUGAACAAUUAACACGAGACAAAAGUAAACUAGCUGUACUUUAUUUCAAAUCAGGUGAUUAUGUCAAAGCAUUAAGCAUCUACGAUAAAGUAAUAUCCGAAGUUAGACAACUUUCUGCCCAAGACAUCAAAUCAAUACGGGUGCAAUAUGGAUUGAAAGAGGUGCCUGAUGUUGGUAGGCUUAUACAUCCUAAACUUACAACCUAUCUUGAUCAAAGAGCAGCUACUUUGGAGAAACUAGAGAAGUUCGGCUUGGCUUUGCGAGAUUCUACAAAACUGAUUGAAUUAGAUCCCACUGAUUAUAAAGGGUAUUUGAGGAUAGGGAAAUUGCAAACGAUUCAAGGGAAUAAAUUUGAAGCCUAUAAAAUGUAUCAGAAGGGGAUUUAUGUUAUUGAUAGUUUGGUAAAGAAAGGUCUACAUACUAUCAAUGCACAGUUGUAUGAGAAAUUGAAAAGUCAAUAUAGGAUGUUGAAUCAAGAGUUGAAAGCAGAAAGAAAAAUACCAGAGAGUCAAGGCUUAAGUGUCAGUAGAAGUGGGUCGCAAAUUAAGUCUCAGAGCUCUUUAAAGAAAAGAAAAAUAGCUAAGGGCGUUGAUCCGAUAAAGUAUCUUCCCUUAGAAUGCAUAAAUCUAGUAUUUCAACAAUUAUCCUCAAAAACUAUCUAUAAGUGCCUACUAGUCUCAAAAUUAUGGUACAGCAUAUUGGUCCAACUAAGUUUAUUUCAAUUUGACUGUAAACCCACCAUCACAGUAGACGAAUUCACUAAAGGAGUCAAAUUCUUCAAAAAGAUUGCAUCAUAUACAUAUUCCAAGCAAAUUAAAAAACUCAAGAUUAAUCAAGUAUACAAUAAGAAACUACCUCACGUAUUGUCUGCCCUAAUCAAAGAACCACAAUUCCCACUACAGUCGUUGGAAGUAAUGGAUCCAACAAUGAAUUUACAACUCAUGUAUGCCAUGUUGGCUAAGUAUUCAUGGAAAUUGAGUAAUUUUCGACAUUUACAAUCAUUGUCACUUGGUAUCAAUUGUAGUAUAAAGUAUCCUCAAUUGCUAUUGAAUAUGUUUCUUCAAUUGAAACAUUUGAAAAUAUCCAUCUUGAUCGCCGACAAAAGUACAAUGAGCAUGGUGCCAUUACAAGACAAAGUGUUUAAAAAAUUUAAACAAAUGAAGCUCGAUUCAUAUAGUUUGGAAACUUUAUUUUUGGUCAAUCAUGUUAAACUACUAGCUAAUGAAACAAUGAGUGUAUCGGCAACUACAUAUAAUCCAUUCCCAGUUUUGCUCGAAUACAACUUCCCCAACUUGACUGAAUUGACCAUGUGCUCAUUCAAUUUUAAUAAUCAUUUACCGACAUUUGGUGAUUUCGUAAGUCAACAUCAUAAUAUUACUAAACUUUAUCUUGAAAAUAACUCCGGAUUGAAUUUACUCAUCUUGUUCCAAAUUCUACUAAAUUAUAGACCAAGUUUUAAAUUGAGCCAUUUUACAUUUAGAGAAUAUGGAGUAUGGUCAACCAUGUCAUUACAAGAGAUUCAUUUCCCCUUGAUUACACAAUUUUCCCGGUUGGAGCUGCUAGAUUUAUACAAGACUUGUGUUUCAGUGACUGGAUUGGAGAAGCUUCUAGCUAGAUGUGGUAAAUCACUCAAGCAUCUCAAUAUAGGAUGUCCCACUUAUUUAUCGUUCCAUAUCCCUGGUAGGAAACAACUUGAACUCAACAGAAUCGUGGCUUUGUGUCCUGAUUUGCUGCAACUAUGGUUACCAGAUAUGAAUAUCGAUACUGUAUCAAUGAUGAAUAUAACAAAACAAAUACAAUCGAUGGGCUCGCGGGCCAUUAAUUUGCAACAUUUGGAUCUCGGUUUUAAUCAGUUCGAUGGUGUUGAUUUAAUGCGAUUGCUUAGUACAGGCUUACUAUUAGAGACUUUGGAUUUAAAUGGGUUGAGUAUUUCGGAAGAUACGUUACUUUAUGUCAAACGAAAGGGUUUUGUUCAAAAUAUCUUGUUUGAUAAAAGAAGGACAAAAUGGAAAGUAUAUGGAGUAAAUACUUGGGUGCAACAGUAG